AUGGCAACCUCGCAAAACCCAUUCCUCGACUCAUCCCCGGAGAUGGACAUGGCCGACGAACCGUUACCGCCCCCAGACCAUGUCCUCAGGCUUAUCCCCCCCUUCAAUCACCACGGCGAGCACAAGUGCGGUCACCAUCGACACAACCUGAAGGAAGAGAACUUCGCCAAAUACGUACGACGAUUCGGCGACGAUACGGAAUCCGCGACAUGGAAGGUGGCAUGCCGUAAUUGCCAUUCCCGUGUUACGCUCAACCAGAUCCAUGACCUCCCCUGCGGCGACCUAAUCUGCCGUGGCUGCUUGAUGGUCAGAGCGUUCAACGUGAAGUUGAAUAUCGAGAGGCACCAUAAGCGCAUUCAGGCCGUGCGCGAAAAGAGGGAAGACCUCGAAACCCGCUUCAUAGAGAGCCAGGAUAUAACCCCUCAGGACAGGCAGAAGUUUAUCCAGGACCAUGACGACAUUCGGCGAGUAAUGUUCCGCCUAGCCGGGCUCAUGUGUUGUGGCGUGGACAUGCAACUGGGGAGGUUCUUGGGCUGUAUGACUCCGGCGGCGUCGCGAGACUUGUGGCUUGCGAUCCAGUGGGUGGGCGACCCUCGUUACCGCCAGAGGAUAUGUGGUUGGCCCGACUGUGGCGCGGUUCCAGUCCUCUCUUUCAGAGAACUAUUAGUCAAUUGA